AUGGCAUCCAACCACGAAAGCAAGAAGAGAAAACCAUCAUCCUCUGACAUGUUGAACUCAUCACUCUCCGAGAAUGAUACCUCCUUGGUAUCCUCACCAUCGUAUGAACUCUCCACGGCAGAGAAGGAAACCAGUGAAUUGAUUGAUCAGGUUUCAGAGACUUUUCAUCAAUUAACUUUGCAACAACAGACUGAGACCAUGAUCAAGCGUUUGGUCGAUCAAUUUCAGCAUCAUGGUGAUGAAGGAGGAAGUGUUGUUUCAUCAUCAUUAUCGAGAACUCCGUUAACUUCCACCAACAACAAUGAAUUUUCUUCUUUUGUGUCUGAUGCUUCAUCGGCUCAAAAGAUGAUGAAGGAAAAUCUCUCAAUUCUCGAACAAAUGCAAACCGAUGAAUUGGUCGUGUUGAAAGUUGGCUCUCGUUUCUUCCAUACUACUUUAAAGACCUUGUUGGGUCAGAGAGGAUCCAGUGUUGAAUCGAAAAAGAUUGUCAUUAGUGGACAAGUCUCUUCUGGACCAAAGCCAAAGAAAAGAGGACCACCAGGAGAAGGAGAUGAAGAAGAAGUCGAUGAGGAAGGAGGUGAAGAAGAGGAGGAAGGUGCUACCGAAGAGAUGCAAGACGAGGAAGGAGGUGCUACUUCUUCAAAGACUCAAUCAGCAUCCUCUCUCGAAUAUGUCUGUGCUCAAGACAAUCUAUUUAAGGUCAUGUUUGAUAGUGGAUUUGGUAUUGAGAGAGAGGAAAACAAAUCAGCCAUCUCUUUCGAGGAUCGAGAUCCAGAGUAUUUCGAAUAUAUUUUGGAACAUUUGAGACAAGGAGGAAGAGUGAAAUCAUUGGGUAUUGAAAAAUUGAACAUUACCGAGUUGGAGAAUAUUUUGGAAGAGAGCCGAUUUUUCCUUACUGAAAAGUUGUCAGAAUACAUUCUAUUCCUACUCGAUAAGUAUCACAAAUAUGACUCAUCAUUGACAAAUUAUGAUGAAGUUGGCAUGAAUCUUAUGGAUGACGACCAGCAAGAGUUUGGUGUCGCCUCUUCAUCAUUGAUUCCAGUUGAAAAGGUCAAACAGUACAUUAAGGAAACCAAUGAAAAAGUCAAUCAGUCCAAGAUUAAUGUUUCGAAAAUGUCUCAGAAAUUGGUUGAAAGCUACAAAAAUUUCCUUGUGGGUAAUGAUGUUGAAAGUGAUUUGAGUGUGCGUGUCGAUGUGUCAGGACAAAUCUUUGCCAUUCCCUUCACUGCGUUGAGAAAGUAUGAAAACUUUUUAAUCACCAAGUACAUGUUGUCAGGAAAUUUCAAGUUAAAUCAAAAUGGAUGUAUCUUUAUUGAUAGAAGCCCCAAACUCUUCAAUUUCAUUCAUGGAUAUAUUAUUUCUGGAGGAAAAUUCUAUCAUUUUCCCAAGUAUUUGUCCAAUGAGAAGAAACUCCAACUAAAGAAGGAGGCUGAAUUCUAUGGAAUGAAUACACUGAUUCAAGAGUACUUGGAUCCAUUACGUUAUCCAGUAGAACUUUUAGGAAAGGACAACAUUCAGCUCAAAGAACAAGAGGAUAAAUUAAGAGAACUCUUCGCGAAAAGUAGAGAUUCACCCUUAUUAGAUGAUCCAUAUCUAAUGUUGGCUCCCUUGUUCAGCAAAUUAGAUGAAAUUAAAUUGCAAGAGAGGUAUAGAGUCGAUUUUGGCAAGUGUCCAAAGCUUUUGGACCUCAGUGACAAGACCAAAUACUCGAGACAUGUUUCUCCUCCACGUCUUGUGAAUAAUAUUCAAGCAUUCAAAUUGAACUGGCACAGAUUCACUCAGGGAGUAUUGGAAGGUUUGGACUGGAAGGGUAUUUUUGCAGCAGGUGGUGGCGUUUUGGGAUGUCUAUUGAAAGAUGGUGACCCUUCAGGUCAAACUCCCGUAUCCACAAUUUUCCCAAUGUCCCUUGAGGAAAGAUCAACCAAUAACACAUCAAGAUCCAUCUCAACCAUUGAUGACGAUGAUGAUGAAAAUGAAACAAAUGACUUUGGCUUUUGGAGAAGAUUCACCAAAAAAGAUACAACCCACCAACCCAAUGAUUCUGUGGAAAAGUACCCAAUUUCUGCUUUCCACAACUUGGAUAGUGUUGGAAAUAGUACGAUCUUUUCGAGAUAUAGAUAUGGAGAAACGUACGAAGGCUAUGACACACGACGAUCGAACAAACAAAAACAAGUUGAAGUCAAGUCCACUGUCACAGACCAUUCAAAUGCUCGAGUAAUUCCAGAACCAAACAUUCCAACAAGUUUCAAGAAGAGUGAUAUUGAUUUGUUUUUAUAUGCCAUGACUGAAAAAGAAGCUGAAGAGAAAAUUCUUCAUAUUUAUGAAACCAUCAAGAAGAACAUGGCUCGCUUACUUUUGCCAGACUCACAUUCUCAACACUUGUCAUCAAGUGGACGUUAUUAUUAUAGAAGACAAAAAGAGAAGAAAGAAGAGAAGGUAUUAUUCGAAGAUGGUAUCUUGAAAACGACAAAUACUGUCAUCAAUGAUGAUAUCUUGGUAGUGAGAACAAAAUAUGCAGUCACAUUCUAUGGCUAUAGAAUUAGACCCAUUCAAGUAGUGUUGAGAAUUUACAAGUCACCAGCCGAAGUCUUGCUCGGGUUUGAUAUCGAUUGUGCUUGUGUUGGUUUCGACGGUAAAACUGUUUGGAGUUCUCCAAGAGCAAGAAGAGCUCUUGCCUUCAACACAAACUUGGUCGAUGUUGAUCGUCAAUCAACCACCUAUGAGUACAGAUUGUACAAGUAUGCGAAAAGAGGUUUCAGUGUUUCUAUUCCUGGAUUUGAUUCUGGAAAAGUUCAAAAUCAAUUGUUGCAAUAUCCAAGAAGAUUUCCCUUCACAAGUAUGGAGUAUUUAAUGCAUGGAUUGGCCCGCAUUCUUGCAAUGGACUUGGCUUGUCAAUCUAAAAAUCCAAAACAUAUUUUAGGUCCUUAUGAUGCUCCCAAUUCAAUUAAGGCUCAAGAAAAAGAAGAACGCAAAGUGCUCAUCCUAGCUGGAGAGUUUAACGUGAAAUCUGAUUAUAUGGAUUUGUCAAUCAUUAAGAGUGAUCGAUAUCCUCCAUCUUAUUUGUAUGACCAACUUUCAAAGGCACACAACAUGGUUGCUCUGAUCAAUAUGCAAGGAAAGAAGAGUGAGAAUGAAAAGAAUGACAACACCAACCAGACUGGAAGAGGAUUGUCAAAUUGGCGUCGCCGAUAUCAAGAACGUCGAAUGGAAAGAAAAGAAUUUAGAGAAACUGAGGCCAUUGUCUUCGAUUCAAGAGUGACUGCACUCAAAUUACAGCCACCAGAGCAAGAAAGAAAACCAGACUGGAAACCUUUCUUUAUUUAUUCAUUGAAUGACAUUGACAUGAUCCUCAACAAUGAAAAACAAGAAUCAAGAGUGAGCAAGACCAUUGAAUGGAUUACAGUAGAUCCAGGCACUCAAGCCAUUGGCAGCUUCCAUCCAACCUCAAUGAACUUUUAUAGAGAUGCCUAUACACCCAUUCCAUUCAACAAGUUGCCUCUAUUGAAGGAAGGUACCUCGAGAACUUGUUGGUUUAGAGCCAUGAGCCAUCUUCCUCCUCCUCACAUUAUUCAAGAGCGUGAAAAGACGCUGCAAGAACAAAAGAAAAACCCUUACUAUUACUACAAAAACAAGAAUUAUAACACAGAUCCAACCGAAGACAGAUACAAGUUGGUAUCACUGAAGAAUGUUCACGACACGAUCGAACAUAUUUGGUUUGAAGCGUAUCCACCAGAAAUUUCAAACAAGAUUGAGCAAAUGUUCAGAGGAUUUGUCAUCUAUGGUAAUCCAAUCGAAUUUUGGCUUUCCAAUACUGAAAAGAUUGAUUUUGAUGCUUGGCGUCACAUUAAUGAUUCAUCCCAUGCUUCAGAACCAGGCCAAAGCUUCAGAUUGCAUCGCGAUUCGUUUGAUCAUUCCUAUCCAAAUGAAGAAGUUUCAAAGUCUGCAAUCACUAGACUUAGUUUCCCUUCAUUCUAUUAA